CCUACGUCGAUUAAUUGUGUCCCCUUCCUUCUCCACUCUCCUUUGUGCUCUUAAAUACCCAUUUCCUCAAUCUCUUUCUCGCUCCAUUCCAGCAGAAAGAGAGGAACUGCUUUGAAUUCCUUCUUCAUUCGGGUCUCGCAGGCGAUGGCGGGUUUUGGGUCAGUUCUGAGACGCACGUACCUCGCCCUCUAUAACUGGGUCGUCUUUGCGGGUUGGUUCCAAGUUCUGUAUCUUGCUCUGAAAACUCUGAAAUCGUCGGGCCACGAGCACGUCUACGACGCCGUUGAAAGGCCCCUGCUUCUCGCUCAGUCCGCCGCCUUUCUCGAGAUACUUCAUGGCCUAGUAGGAUUGGUAAGAUCUCCGAUCACAGCGACACUGCCACAGAUAGGUUCAAGGUUGUAUGUAGCUUGGGGUAUCUUAUGGAGCUUUCCUGAGGUUCGGGGACACAUGUUGGUUAGCUCUCUGGUUAUAAGCUGGUCUAUCACGGAGAUUAUUCGGUAUUCUUUCUUUGGCUUAAAGGAAGUUUUUGGGUCUGCCCCCUCCCUGCUAAUGUGGCUCAGGUAUAGCACAUUUUUGUUGCUGUAUCCAACUGGCAUUACCAGUGAAGUUGGUCUAAUUUAUCUGGCUAGUCCUUACAUGAAGGAAUCUGGGAAAUAUUGUGUACGAAUGCCCAACAAGUGGAACUUCUCUUUUGAUUACUUCUACGCUGCGUUUCUUGUCCUUGGAACCUACGUCCCUGGCGGCCCUCACAUGUACAUGUACAUGCUUAGCCAAAGGAAGAAAUCUAUCUCGAAGUCAAAAAGGGAGUAGAAUGGGUGCACAAGUUUACAAACCAAACUCAUGGUUGUGUUAUUUUGUUUUUGUAGCAGAUUACCAUUUAAACAUCUCUGGUUCUUCUUAUUUAUGUUUCUUAGCAUAAGGUAAUUGGCAGUAGCUUUGUUUAUUUUGUAUAAACAUGUUUGUAUCUCAACAAUUCCAGGGGGAAUGUUCAUGAGAACUAAUAUAAAGUUUGCUUGUCUCUC